UUGAAGAGUUUUUGUUUUCGUCACAAGCACAUUCAGCAGAAGUAUGAUACACUAGAUGUAACGGUCUCUUGGGAGUCGAUUCGGUGAAAUAUACGUAAAAUGGAAGGGGACAUCAGAAAGCGAGGUAUCCUGUACUUACAGCAACAGAGGUUUGGAAAGAAAUGGCGAAAGGUCUGGUCCGUGUUGUACAGAGAAAGCUCCUGCUCCAUCUCUCGUCUCGAGUUUUUUGAGGUUAAAGAUGGAAGUGGGAACACGCUGGAAAAAGCCAACCGCAAACAAGAAAACAAAAAGGUAAUAAAGUUGAACGACUGUAUUCGAGUAUCAGAAGCUGAAGGUGAAGGAUGUCCACGGGACUGUGGAUCGUUUUUGGUGGAGACUACUGAAAAGACGUUUGUUUUUGCUGUCGAGAACGCUGAACUGGAGGAUUGGAUGCAGAAGCUAUGUGAAAUCGCCUUUCCGAUGAGCUGGACAGAAAGGGGAGCGGUGAGAGGAAACAGUAUACACGCUGAAUCUGAUGAAGUCACGAUGUCCGACAACACCCUUUACUGCACCAGAGAAACCUCUACAGGUAUGAUAGACUUCAAGGUGUCAGUGAGGCGCACAGAGGCUUCUGAGAGAUGUGGCCUGAAAGGAUCGCUGUUGUUACGGACUGAUUUUGAUAGCCUCCUUCUGAAAGAACCUAAAACGGGAGAGGUUUUGUAUUCCUGGCCUUACAGAUUCCUCCGCAGGUUCGGACGUGACAAGGCAACAUUCUCUUUCGAGGCUGGCCGAAGAUGCGACUCUGGGGAGGGCAACUUUGAGUUUGACACAAAGCAGGGAAACGUUAUUUUCCAGUCUGUCGAGGCUGCCAUCAAUGUACAAAGAUCCAGUUUACCUCAAAAGCAGGUAUCGCUUGGGGAGCGAGAGCCUGCGCAGGGGGUUCCCAGCUCGAAACCUCCAGUGGACGACUCUAGCGUCUACAGCAUGGUGUCUGAACAUCCAAUCAGGGAGGGGCCCAAACAACAACCGAACCCUCAGCCCUCCAGACUCGAAACCCCGACUGAGAAGCUACUGACUGGGGUCAAGAGUCUGAACCUGGACGCCAGACCUCCACCACGUAAAAGCCAGGUCAAGAACUUCAGAAGUUGUCCAUUGGCCAACACUGAAGAUGCGACCUACUCCCGUGCUAUGGCACCAGCACCAGCUCCGGAUCGAGGGGGAAGUCCGGGGGAGAAGAGAGAACUAAAGGACAGACGUUCCACCUGCUCCAACCCUGAGGAAUCCGACUACUCUUUGCCCUUUGACUCGAUUGCUAAGAAUGUCAUGGUAGAUAUUUUGGCCACAUCUAACCCACCGCCCACUUUAGUAGAGCCCAGUUGUGAAAAUAAUAAUAAAAGUGCUGUAGAAAGCCCAGAACCUCUGUAUGACAGUAUAGAUGAGAGUGCCAUUAGAAAUCGUUUCUCAAAUAGAGGAAAAUCACAAACGACCCCUUACAAAAGAGUGGAGCACAUCUACGAUGAACCCGAGGGUUGUGCCGUGCCCCCAGCCAUACUUCCUUCACUCUAUGAUGAACCAGAGGAGGUCAAAGGUCAUGCCUGGAAGAUGCUAGGUACAGUAAUGGAUCCAAGUGGUCAUGAGUACCCCUACAAUGCUUCUGCGGAUGAUUACGCGGUUCCUAAACCUCCCAGGAGAGCUUUACUGCCAGAGCAGAAGGACAGUCAGGAAGAGGACAACUCACCAUAUGACAAUAUCAUGGUAAAAAAUAAUUAAGGACUGUUUCUGUACAUGAAAUGAUAUAUAUGAGGGUGUGAGUGAAUGCAUGAAAUAUUUAAUAGUUAAUUAGUAGAAUGGACAAUACUGCUUCACUGUUCUUUAACAUCUGUGACCUAAAUCUGGAUUGAAAAUCAUAUAAGAACAUGAAGAAUUCACUAAACAGUUGUGUCAACUGAUUUCCACAUGCAUUAUUUCAGUCCAAAAAACUUUGUCUUAUUCCCCAAACUUUUGCAAUUCAAACUAUGCCAACUGUAUUUAAAUUAAGUAAAAAAGUCAUUUUUGAACUCUGUUUAUGUAGAUUAUAUUUUAUUAUCAUUAUUAUAUGGCUCAUUAUACAGUACAUUUGUCUUCAGCACUGUUUGCCUUUAAGGGCACCUCGACUAUGAAGCCUUGUAUGAUUUAAUAAUGUGUAUAUCUAGUACUAAAAUCCAUAGAAACACAUUAAAUAUUGCAUUACUUGAAAAAAAUAAGUUGUGAAGGCCGCCAUUAUGUUUCGCACAUAAAGCAUUCUGGGUUGAUGAUGUGUAAUGGUUGUCGUGAAAUAUUACUACCGUUUACUAUACUAAAUACUAUGGUAUCUACUGUAGUUUAUCAAGCGGUUAUGUUGUACUCCCCACUGCCACCUACUUACCUCGCCUUUUAUUUUGAUCAUCUUUCAUUUGUAUUGUUCAUCAUUUAUAUUCUGAACAGAACCCUGCUAAAAAAAAAACAAUAGAAACCAUCACAGAAAUUUUAUUGGAUGUAAUGGUUUAAAUGGGAAUUUUAUUGGUUGUAAUGGAAACUAUAAUGGUCUCUGUGGGUCUCUACUGGUAUGUGUUAAGUUGUCUUGGUGGGACCAUUAAAUCCUACUGAAAUAUGUCCCAAAAAACACUACCAAAGGAUUUUUGACGCCAUGCGUUGUGAUGUGGGCAUAAUGGCGGCCUCCGAUAGAAAAUAUUUUUUUAAAACUAUGACAUUUGUAUUGUUUAUGUAAUUUCACAUAUCAUAAACCCCAUACAUGUGUUUAUAGUCGGGCAGCUUUUGAACAGUGGAUUAUUAUUGGCUGCUGAAAAAUGCAGUGUGCAUUUUUAUUGCUCAUGGCAGCAGUUAUAUAAAAUAAUGUAUGUGAAUCAAUGAUAGUGAAGUGCAUUAAAACCAGAAAAAUAUUCAGACGCACAUAAUUUGUAUGGUAUCUUUAGUGAAUAGGUCACUGUGUGUGGGCACACUUCAUUCUUAGUAAAUUUUCCCACGUGUCCAAAUGGCAACUGAGUGUAUCUACUAUGACCUUUACUAUCUACAAAGUCAAAGUUGAUUUUAUCAGGUUGUAAACUGAAUGGUAAUUUGUAUUCAGUUGAAAACAGGCCUUACUUUCCAUUCUUGUAUUUUAUUUGUCCUCAUUUAAAAAAUAUGGUGAAGGGAGAUCACACAUGUAAUUAAAGUCCUGCCGAUCUCUCGCACAAUGGAUGAUGGCCGUCACUUAAUCCUCUGCUUGCUAAUUGUGAAGAAUGGAGAUCCGCAGAGUGCCGUGGUCUUAUCCAGGGCAAACUCUGACUUUUCCCUUACAGGCUUCCUAUUUUGAGGAACACAUGAAUAAUAAUAACUUGACUUGCAGAGUUAAACUGGGGCACUGUUAGGAUGCUGCCGGGCUUCCUGCCUGCCACGGUUCAUGAAUCCCACACAGUCUUAAGUCUGAAAAAACUCUACAGUUCUCAA